AUGAUGACGGCCUGGAUCCGCGACGGAAAGCCCUACUUCCACGUGAGGGAGCGUCCCCGGGGAGGAGGGAGCGCCCGGCUGGGGAACGGGACGCACACCUCCCUCAAGUUCCGGAGGCCGUUCCGGACCUGCGACCCGCAGGACAUGGACAUCACGGAGGACUCAAUGCGUCUGAUCUACGCUUGUUCCGACUCGGUCCCGGAAAGUCCGAUGCAGAUGCCGAAACACGAGACAGUGUACGGGGUGCUGUCGGUGCAAAUCCUGAACUACGGGAGGAAGGUCGUCCCACACGUGGGCAACAGCUCGACGCUGGAUAUCGUGACCAACUUCUCUGUGCCCCAGGUCGACUCCUUUUACAGCUGUAAACUCGAGCAGUUCCCCACGUUUGGAAGGAAGCUUCAUGUCUACAUGGUGGAGCCUGUGAUCAAGACCAGCGUCCCCUCGCUCCUGUACCAGAUGAUCCUUUACAGCUGCCCGUCCUCCUACGACCAGUCCAGACUCAGUCCCACCACCGACUGCUUCCUCAACGGCAACUCCACCGCCCUCUUCACCGGCUGCGUCCAGGUGAUCGCCAUCUGGGGCAUCGGCACCAAACCUGGGCAGUCUCUGAUUUACCCAGACGAGGCGGGAUUCUCACUGGGGGCGAAGGGCGAUCCCAAUUUCUAUGUCCUGCAGGUCCACUACGACAACCGAGGCAACAGGACAGGCGUGAUGGACUACUCCGGGUUCAGGCUGCACCUGACCCCGGAACUCCGGAGGUACGACGCUGGAAUCCUCUGGACCGGGAUUGCCCUCUUCCACACCCUCCUCAUCCCUGCCCCCGUCCCGGCGUACAGGACCUACGGAUACUGUGACACGGGGCCCUUGAGCCAGAGUCCGAACCAGACGGUGGGUCCGCUGAAAGUGAUCGGUGGAUAUCUGCACACGCACCUGCUGGGAUCGAAGCUGCGGGUUCUCCGCUUCAGAGCCGGGAAACAGAUCAGUGUAGUGCUGCAGGACCAGACCUUCGACCCCGCGCUCCAGGAGCCCAAGUUCCUGCUGGAACCGGCCACCGUCGAGCGGGGGGACGUCCUCAUCACCGAGUGCACCUUCAACACGAUGCAGCGCGCAAAGAUGGUGAUGGGGGGCCUGGACACGGUGAACGAAAUGUGCAUGUCCUUCCUCGUCUAUUACCCCCGCAUCGACAUCGAGGGCUGCCUCAGCUUUCAGAACACCAGCACGGUGGCCGCUGCCCUGGGGGUGACCGCGAGCAGUGACGACGAACUGUACCGGAUUCUGGACGCCAGGAGCUGGAACGCGGAGCAGGCCGCAGACAUGGAGGCGAGGGUCCGAGACGCCAGUCAGUCGCUCUUCAUCGUCGCUGACCCGGAUAUCCGGGAAGGGCAGGUGAAGAUGCCGGAAAUCCCGAAGGAGGAGACCACCCCAUGUGUGAGGACUCUGGACGCGGGGGCUCCCGCCCGCACCGGACUUCCCGUUGCCCUACUCCUGACUGCCCUGGUGUCCUGG